UCUUUCCUUCCUCCAGGAGGAACAAUCGGCUCCGGCUCUACAGAUCACACGGGUGUCAGCGGAGAAGCUGAAAGAGUUAAAGGUAAAAUGUCUGAAGUCUAAACGUCUACUAAUCAGACGUACUCUUGGAGCGUCACCUACACAACAUUCUCACCUCGUCCAUCUAGACGGGUCACUAGAACUUCUUCUACAGACUCUGACCCAUCACUUCCCUCCUCUGCUAGAGGCACUUUAUUAGGAUCUAUAGAGGGACAACACCGGCCUGGUUUUCUACAUCGGAAUGAAGGAAACAGCAGAGAUACGGCCACAGAGGAGAUAGGAAACAUCAACUCUACAACAAGUCAUCUGCCACUCAGCCAACCUUCCCAACAGAGGAUUCCUCAUCACCAGAAAGAGACGCAAUUCUCACCUUCUCCUCCGCUGAACUGACAUCGGCCAUUUUAGAUCUGGUUCCAGGAAGUUCAACAGCUUCUCAGUCUCCAUCUUGAACACACAGCCACCAGCAUGAGAUUUUCUCCAUAUCACACCACACAGGUGGAUUGAUGAACCAAGUUUUCUGUCAUGUUGGACUUCAUCAAUACAACAAAGUCACAUGGGAAGUGAAGCCAUAUGGGUGUCUGAAGUCACUGAAAGUCUUUAUCACAAUUCACUGGAGGAUUCACACAGGACACAAGUCAUAUACGUGUUCUAAAUGUUGUUCUGAAUCCUCUUCAACAUCGAUCCCGCCUCAGAGGACAACAGGAGAGAAGUCAUUUCAGUGUUCUGGAAGUGACAAUGGCUUUACAAUAAAGUCCAACCCAUGUAUACAUAAGAGGAGUCAUUUCAGAAGAUAUUUCUUGGUUGGAAUGUGAUAAAGAUUUACAAUGGAGGCAAAACGUAUCAAUCACCAGAAGGGUUAUAAUGGAGUGAAGUCAUAUCAGUGUUCUGAAUGUGACAAAGUUUUUACAUCUAAGUCUCAUCUUAUCAUACACCAGAGGUAUCACACUGGAGAGAAGCCAUAUCAAUGUUCUGAAUGUGACAACGCUUUUACAACCAAAAAUGAUCUUAUCAUACACCAGAGGGUUCACACUGGAGAGAAACCAUAUCAGUGUUCUGAAUGUGGCAAAGCUUUUACACGUAAGUCAAACCUUAUGACACACGAGAGGAUUCACACUGAAGAGAAACCAUAUCAAUGUUCUGAAUGUGACAACGUUUUUACAUUUAAGUCUCGUCUUAUCAUACACCAGAGGGUACACACUGGAGAGAAGCCAUAUCAAUGUUCUGAAUGUGACAACGCUUUUACAACCAAAAAUGAUCUUAUCAUACACCAGAGGGUUCACACUGGAGAGAAACCAUAUCUGUGUUCUGAAUGUGGCAAAGCUUUUACACGUAAGUCAAACCUUAUGACACACAAGAGGAUUCACACUGAAGAGAAACCAUAUCAGUGUUCUGAAUGUGACAACGUUUUUACAUUUAAGUCUCAUCUUAUCAUACACCAGAGGGUUCACACUGGAGAGAAGACAUAUCAAUGUUCUGAAUGUGACAAUGCUUUUACAACCAAAAAUGAUCUUAUCAUACACCAGAGGGUUCACACUGGAGAGAAACCAUAUCAGUGUUCUGAAUGUGGCAAAGCUUUUACACAGAAGUCAUACCUUAUGAUACACCAGAGGGUUCACACUGGAGAAAAUACAUAUCAAUGUUCUGAAUGUGACAAAGCUUGUACAACCAAAAAUUAUCUUAUUAUACAUCAGAGGGUUCACACUGAAGAGAAACCAUAUCAGUGUUCUGAAUGUGGCAAAGCUUUUACACAGAAGUCACACCUUAUGACACACGAGAGGAUUCACACUGAAGAGAAGCCAUAUCAGUGUUCUGAAUGUGGCCAAGCUUUUACACAGAAGUCAAACCUUAUGACACACGAGAGGAUUCACACUGAAGAGAAACCAUAUCAGUGUUCUGAAUGUGGCAAAGCUUUUACACGUAAGUCACACCUUAUGACACACCAGAGGAUUCACACUGGAGAAAAACCAUAUCAGUGUUCUGAAUGUAGCAAAACUUUUACACGUAAGUCACACCUUAUGACACACCAGAGGAUUCACACUGAAGAUUAGGGAUGAGCUUCGAGUCGUGUGAAGAAGGUGAACCAAACACCUAAGAAGCAAGCCAAAGAUAAAGGAGGUGAAGAAGGUGAUACAAAUCCUCGAACAGUGAGUGAAGCAGGUGGAAAAAAGUCUCUGAAGAUGAUGUCGCUUAUUUCACCACAGACUUCUGGGAAAGCCUUGUGCCUCUUAUUCUGGGCUGCCCUGAUCGUAUUCCUGUCAAUUUGGCUGACAACUAACUGUAUUUAUCAUCCUGAAGAUUUGGGACACAUAAAGAGCAUUUGCGGAGCUUCUAACACUCCACAACAGAAUAAUAUGAAUAAUACACAUGUCAGACACAAGAGAAAUUAAAACUCAGAAAGUUUUACAGA